GUUGUGAAGUCGGAGGACGAUUUUUUUUUGUUUGUUUUUUUUUUCUUAUUUGGGACAGCAUGGCAUCUCUGGUGACCUCCGCGUGCCUCCUCUUCGUGCCUGUUGCUCUGCUUCUGAUGUUGAGCCCCUGCCCAGCGGCUGCAGCCUCCGCCAGGAGAUGUCACUCCAUCUACAAGGGCUUCGCUCAGUGUCUGAUGGCGCUGGGCGACAGCCUGACGGACAGCGCGCGCAAGAACGAAGACAUGCACGAGAUACACUCCAUCUGCAGGUCGUGGGACGAUUUUCACGACUGCGCUAACGUGGCGAUGGCCGGCUGUCCGGAGGAAGCGGCCGCCGUCUGGGAGUCGCUCCGCCAGGAGUCCAAGAAGAUGCAGUUCUCCGGAAACCUCUACGACAUGUGCUCCAACCGCCACUUGGUGGCGCCCGCCCCGCCCCACGGCUCCCCGAACCAGGAGGAGAUCAACCAGGAGUCUCUACGAGGUGGCGCCAACCACAUGGGAGGCUCGCUCCACCUCCUCAUGCUACUGUCUCCUCUGGUGCUGCUUUGGCUGUCACUUUGGAUAUAACUGCCGGAAAGAAGUGGGACUAAUGUGAAUAGAUAUAAACUCUGUGUAUUUUUUUUUUUUUUUUCUUCCACAAGUCCAUAGACUUUCCACAGUUCCCUCCUCUGCUCUGCCAGGGGUUGAGUAUUUCUAACUGCAUGUUCAAAGGCCCAACAGUCUUUUUGAUAAUGUAUCCCUAAUCUGCCUGUGCUGUUUCGUGGAUAUUCUCUGCCUUUUAAUUAGCGUCUCUGUAGGAAACACGCAGGGAGUCCUUACAGAGAUGCACAACCACAGUAAAAUUCUGG